AGUGGAGAGCAUCAUUGAUCUAAAUUUGUCAAAUAAUGUUGUACAUAUUGUGUCUCCAACAUUCUUUCAGAAUUUUAUUUCCUUAGAAGUGCUAGACCUCUCGUAUAAUUUAUUAGGCACGCCAUUAUACAAAGACACAAAUGGAACAAUAUUUAGAGACUUAACAUCGCUAAAAAUACUCAAUCUAUCAUUAAAUGAAAUAUAUUGGUUACCAAAGAAUGUCUUCCAAGGUCUUCUAAAUUUGCAGAGUUUGGAUUUGUCAAAAAAUCGCCUGUAUCACGCACCGUUAUACGUAAAACACAUGAACAAUCUUGGCACAAUGAACUUUUCUAGGAACUACCUGCGAUUUUUGCCCCAAAUAUUGAGAUCCGAACUUGACACUAUAGUGCAGCACCACACAGUAACUACAGACCUUAGCGUUAAUCCCAUAGCAUGUGAAUGCGUCAACUUGAACUUUUUGAGGUGGUUGUCAAAUUCAAAUAUAACACAAAUAAACAAACAAAAUUAUUAUUGCCUUAUUUCUAGUGGAAAAAAACUAAUUUAUCCGACAUUAAAACUGUCGUUGGGAUGAUCGAAAAUUCAUGCACAACUUACUUUGGCUUAAUAAUUGGGACCGUUUCAGUUGUACUCCUGUUACUGUGCACUUUCCUGGGUGGCGUCAUGUACAGAUAUCGCUGGAAACUGAGGUACUGGUAUUACGGUGCCAGGUAUCACUUCAAACGUCAGCAGGCCAAUGCUGAAAACGGACAGAUGCAUUUUGAGUUUGAUGCUUUUAUUUCGUAUGCUGAUGAAGACAGGGCAUUUGUUUUUAAUGAGAUGAUAGAGAUGGUGGAAUCAAGGGCAGGAAAGAAACUGAUCAUUCACCAGAGAGAUUUUGUUCCUGGGCAGCCAAUAGUAUCGAACAUCUUAGAGUCUGUUAAGAAGAGUAGAAAGACUGUCCUUGUUUUAUCGAGAGACUUCCUGAAAAGUGAUUGGUGUGAGUAUGAAAUGCAGAUGGCUGUUUAUGAGUCUGCCCACACUGGCAGAGAUGUUCUACUUGUUCUCAUGCUGGAGAACAUUCCUUGUGAGGUGCUUCCAAAGGAAAUACUACAUUUGAUUCAGUCAGAUUCAUAUCUUGAGUAUCAGGCUGACGAAAAUAAUGAUCUCUUUUGGCAGCGAUUUGUUGAUGCUAUAGAAAGAAUAUAG